AUCCAAACUCCCAAAAAUAAACAGAGCAAAAAAUGGAGAAAUGGCUCGUGAUCUCUCUUCUACUACUGAUCUCAACAUCAAUCACAACUUCACAAUCCGUGACCGAUCCAAUAGCUUUCCUUCGAUGUCUCGAUAGACAACCAACGGACCCAACAAGUCCUAACUCCGCCGUCGCUUAUAUCCCAACAAACUCUUCCUUCACUGCCAUCCUCCGCCGCCGUAUACCAAACCUCCGUUUCGACAAACCCACUACUCCUAAACCCGUCUCCGUCGUUGCAGCCACCACGUGGACACAUAUACAAGCUGCUAUAGGAUGCGCACGUGAGCUCUCUCUCCAAGUCAGGAUCAGAAGUGGUGGCCACGAUUUCGAAGGACUCUCUUACACUUCCACUGUCCCUUUCUUUGUCCUCGACAUGUUCGGUUUUAAAUCCGUGGACGUGAAUCUCACCGAGAGGACGGCUUGGGUCGAUUCCGGUGCUACCGUCGGAGAGCUUUAUUACCGGAUAGCUGAGAAGAGCAAUGUUCUUGGAUUUCCGGCGGGUUUAUCUACGACACUGGGCGUUGGUGGACAUUUUAGCGGCGGAGGUUACGGUAAUAUGAUGAGAAAGUAUGGAUUGUCGGUGGAUAAUGUUGUUGGCUCCGGGAUCGUUGAUUCGAACGGGAAUAUCUUCACCGAUCGGGUUUCGAUGGGGGAAGACCGUUUCUGGGCAAUUCGAGGAGGUGGUGCAGCGAGCUACGGUGUUGUACUCGGCUACAAGAUCCAGCUAGUACCGGUUCCGGAGAAAGUUACUGUUUUUAAAGUUGUAAAAACCGUCGGAGAAGGAGCCGUUGAUCUCAUAAUGAAGUGGCAGAGUUUUGCUCAUAGUACCGAUCGGAAUUUGUUCGUGAGGUUGACGUUGACUUUGGUCAACGGUACGAAGCCCGGUGAGAAGACGGUUUUGGCUUCGUUUACUGGGAUGUAUUUAGGCCGGUCGGAUAAGCUGUUGACCGUGAUGAACCGGGAUUUCCCGGAGUUGAAGUUGAAGAAAACCGAUUGUACCGAGAUGAGAUGGAUCGAUUCGGUUCUGUUUUGGGACGAUUAUCCGGUUGGUACACCGACUUCUGUGCUGCUAAACCCGGUCGCAAAAAAGUUGUUCAUGAAACGAAAAUCUGACUACGUGAAGCGUCCGAUUUCGAGAGCCGGCAUCGAUUUGAUACUCAAGAAAUUGGUAGAGGUUGAGAAAGUUAAAAUGAAUUGGAAUCCGUAUGGAGGAAGGAUGGGUGAGAUCCCGAGUUCGAGGACACCUUUCCCACAUAGAGGAGGCAAUUUGUUCAACAUUGAGUAUAUCAUAGACUGGUCAGAAGCUGGAGAUAAUGUGGAGAAAAAGUAUUUGGCACUCGCGAGUGAGUUAUACAGAUUCAUGACCCCGUACGUGUCUAGUAAUCCAAGGGAGGCGUUUUUGAAUUACCGUGACCUUGACAUAGGGUCAAGUGUUAAGUCCACGUACCAGGAAGUUUCAGUUGCAACUUCACAGUCCCAAACCGAUCCAGAGACUUUCCUCCGAUGUCUCGUAAGAGAAGGAUCAAACCCUCAGGUUUUCAUCUCCGACGUCACCUACAUCCCAUCAAACUCCUCUUUCACCACCGUCCUCCGCCGCCGCAUACCUAACCUCCGUUUCGACAAACCCACCACCCCAAAACCCAUCGCCAUCAUCACCCCUACCACAUGGUCACACAUUUCUCCGGCGCUAGCUUGCGCACGCUUGCUUCCUGUCCAAGUCAGAAUCCGAAGCGGCGGUCAUGAUUUCGAAGGACUCUCUUACACCUCCACCGCUCCGUUCUUUGUCAUCGACUUGCUCAACUUCAAAUCCGUUGACGUGAAUCUCACGGAAGGAACGGCUUGGGUUGAUACCGGCGCUACACUCGGAGAGCUAUAUUAUAAAAUCGCUGAGAAAAGCAAUGUUCUUGGGUUUCCGGCGGGUUUGUGUACUACAUUGGGUAUUGGUGGACAUAUUAGCGGCGGAGGGUACGGAACUAUGAUGAGAAAGUACGGUUUGUCGGUGGAUAACGUUGUCGGCUCCAGGAUCAUCGACUCUAACGGGAAUACCUACUUCGAUCGAAUGUCCAUGGGGGAAGAGCUUUUCUGGGCGGUUCGAGGAGGUGGAGCGGCGAGUUUCGGCAUCGUGAUGGGAUACAAAAUCCGGUUGGUUCCGGUGCCGGAGAAAGUAACGGUUUUUAGCGUCGGAAAAACCGUCGGAGAAGGAGCCGUUGAUCUUAUAAUGAAGUGGCAGAAUUUUUCUCACAGUACGGAUCGGAAUUUGUUCGUGAAGCUGACUUUGACUUUAGUCAACGGUACAAAGCCGGGUGAAAAAACGGUUUUAGCGACUUUCAUUGGGAUGAAUUUAGGCGGGUUGGAUAAGACGUUGAACGUUAUGAACCGGGACUUCCCAGAGUUAAAGCUGAAGAAAACCGAUUGUACCGAGAUGAGAUGGAUCGAUUCGGUUCUGUUUUGGGCCGGUUUUCCGAUUGGCACACCGACUUCUGUGUUACUAAACCCUAGAGUUACAAAAAAGUUGUUCAUGAAACGGAAAUCAGACUACGUGAAGCGUCCGGUUUCGAGAACCGGCCUCGGUUUGAUACUGAAGAAAUUGGUUGAGGUUGAUAAAGUUGAAAUGAAUUGGAUUCCAUAUGGAGGAAGAAUGGGGGAGAUCCCGAGUUCGAGGACACCUUUCCCACAUAGAGGAGGAAAUUUGUUCAACAUUGAGUAUAUCAUAGACUGGUCGGAAGCUGGAGAUGACGUGGAAAAGGAUCAUUUGGCAAGUGCAAGUGAGAUGUACAAAUUCAUGACCCCAUACGUGUCUAGUAAUCCGAGGGAGGCGUUUUUGAAUUACCGUGAUCUCGACAUAGGGUCUGGUGUUAAUUCCACGUACCAGGAAGAUUCCGUAACUAUCUACGAAGAUUUUGUCCGAUGUUUCAAAAACGUGACAAGUAUCACCGACGAUGAUCUCUCCGCCGUCGUUUUGCCACGUACCAGCGUUUCCUUCACUCCUACCUUACGCGCCUACAUCAGAAACGCGCGUUUCAACACCUCCUCAACGCCAAAACCGUCGAUCAUCAUCGUGCCACGUGUCGAUUCCCACGUUCAAGCCGCCGUGAUCUGCGCCAAAACGCUGAAUCUCCAGCUUAAGAUCCGUAGCGGUGGUCACGACUACGACGGUCUCUCUUACAUCUCCGCCGUGACGUUCCUCGUCCUUGAUCUCUCUAAUUUCCGUAACAUCACCGUCGAUUUGAACGACGGUGGAGGAUCCGCUUGGGUACAAACCGGCGCGACGCUCGGCGAGCUUUAUUAUCGGAUCUGGGAGAAGAGCGAGGUCCAUGCUUUCCCCGCCGGAGUAUGUCCUACCGUCGGCGUCGGAGGACACGUAAGCGGUGGUGGAUACGGACACAUGAUUCGAAAAUUCGGUCUCACUAUAGAUCACGUCGUUGACGCCACAAUCGUUGACGCUAACGGUCAAAUUCACGAUCGGAAAUCGAUGGGAGAGGAUCUAUUCUGGGCGAUUCGCGGCGGAGGCGGCGGAAGCUUCGGCGUUAUUUUAGCUUUCAAAGUGAAACUCGUGACGGUUCCAAAAACCGUAACCGUCUUCAGGGUUGAUAAAUCGGUUGACGAAAAUGCCCUUGACAUGGUUCAUAAAUGGCAAUUCGUAGCUCCAAGAACCGACCCGGGUUUAUUCAUGAGAGUGUUGUUAUCCUCUCCGACGCAGAAUAAAACACGUACGGUGAACGCUAAAUUAAGGGCGUUGUAUCUUGGAAAAGCUGACGACGUCGUUUCAAAGAUGGCGGAGGAGUUUCCGGAGUUGGGUUUGAAGAAAGAAGAUUGUAAGGAAAUGACGUGGAUUCAAUCACUCUUAUGGUGGAUGAAUCAUGUAGACGUGGACAAAGUUAAACCGGAGAUUUUGCUUGAGAGGGAACCGGAUUCGGCUAAAUUUCUCAAGAGGAAAUCUGAUUACGUUGAGAAGGAGAUGACUAAACUGGAAUUAAACCGGUUGUUUCAGAAAUUGGCGACAUUAGAUAGAACCGGUUUGGUUUUGAAUCCGUAUGGAGGGAAUUUAAACGCGACCGCAGUGAAUGAAACGGCGUUUCCGCAUCGGCACAAACUUUAUAAGAUCCAACAUUCGGCGACUUGGCCCGAUGCUGGACCGGAAGCGGAAAGACUUUAUAUUGGUAAUUUAAGAACAACCUAUAAUAUUAUGACUCCAUUUGUGUCGAAAAAUCCUAGGAGUUCGUAUUUGAACUAUAGGGAUAUCGAUAUCGGGGUUAAUGAUCAUGGAGUGGAUAGUUAUCGAAAGGGAGAAAUCUACGGAAGGAAGUAUUUUGGCGAGAAUUUUGAUCGAUUGGUCCGGGUUAAAACGGCUGUUGAUCCGGAAAAUUUCUUUAGAAACGAGCAGAGUAUACCAACUUUACCUCCUAAUAGAAGAUAGAGAACUUUAGUCCAUGUAACAAUAGUAACUUCUCUAUAGUGUUUCUUCAUGAAACUUGGAAUAAUUUUUAUAAUAGAUU